UUUAUAAAAGCCGAUCCACCAUGGAUUUCGCCAGUCAUUUUAACGGAAUCAGACAGGUAUUAACGAACGAGAAGUGUUAAGAACAUUCCUUAAAAAUUCGAGUGAAGCAAAGGAUAGGCGAUGAAGGGAAUGUACGUAAUCGUCACCGCCUUCGUGUUAUCUUGGGCUGUGAACACUGUGAACUCUGUAGAGCCUUACCCCGAGAUUUGGCCCAUUCCCACAGUAUGCCCAUACCCGGAACGCUUUCCGCAUAACACCACAACCCACCUCGCGCAUGAAUGGGACUGCACAAGGUUUUACAAGUGCGACAUAGGCAUAGGAGUCGAGCAAAUAUGUCCCCUUAUGUUCGAAGGAGAUCCAGUGUCGAGACUACACUUCAAUAGACUUCAUCAAGUCUGCGAUUGGCCAUGGCAGGCAGGUUGCAGCAGUUGCCCUGAAAAUCCUAGAGGAGGAACACCGCCUUUAAUACCUGGACCCGAUAAUUGCCGCAACUACUAUGAGUGCAGAAACGGUCAGAUGUAUCUGCGUACUUGUCCAAGUUAUACGUGUUUUAGUCGCACAUGUCAGGCAUGUGUUACAGACAGGGAAAAUGGAAAUUGCGGCCCAUCUACACCAUCUACACCUUCUACUCCAUCUACACCAUCUAUUCCACCACCUCAACGCUACUGUUCAAAGCCAUCCGGUCCCGAUGGCGAUACAAAAGGUCAUGAAUGUGACUGCGCUUUGUUUUAUACAUGCCGUGCUCCUAAUUGGAUUCUUGAUGGCAAAUGUCAAGGUGGUCUACAUUUUAGCCCUGAACGUAAAAUAUGCCUACCACCAAACGAAGCUAAUUGCCCAGUACGCUGAUUGUAAGCAAUUAAAAAAACUACUCGAAGCUUAUUCUUAAAAAUGGGUAUUACAAGUGCGGUUGCAGAUUAUUUCACAAGGGCAAUUAUAAAAAAAAGAACCGACUGUCUUAUCUUCGGGCAUUCUUCUUCGCUAAGGACAAAAAUGACUUCUUCGCCAUCGCUCUCGAAAAAUGGACAAAAAUUAUGGACACAUUCAUAUAUACAAAAAACCAUCGAUUUUGGAAGGUACUAAGCUGAAAAUAGUGACGAGUACGAAAAACAAAUUGCUUUGUUAAAAAAUUAUUAAUAUUAUUAUAUUUGUACGAGUAGAUUAGUUUCCUAAGAUAUUUUAAUAAAUUUAAUGAUAUGUA